GAUUCAGUGUUGAAGCAGCUGCGUCCGAACAUUACUUGAGCAGUGUGUCAUGAAGAGAAAGAAAAGGCGUGAUCUUCGGCAUCAUUUACAACUUGGUCGUAAAACCACUUAGCUAGUGCUUAUUCAAAUAGAUCGCAAACCUUUUUGUGCUGUAAAGCCACUCCUCUGGCCGCCAGUUGUGCUGUAUUUUAAUGUUAUAGAAUUCAGAAUAUCAAAAUCGGUGACCAGAUGAAGUAGUGUGUUCCUUAUCUUUCACACAGAAAAAUACAGCUAUAAUAAGGGAGAGUUUUCUUGAUACUCGAGUGUGAAGACGCAGGAGACACCCGGUGGAGCUUCUGUAACUUGCUCCGGUGACCAGGAACUAUUAAUUCUGAAAUACGUCAGACUCUCCUUGAACUUCUCGUAACUAGACAGAAACAAAAAAUUACUGAUUUAACAUUUAUUAACAUAGUGUGAGAAGCAUCUGUCAUAGAUUGAUCUGUUUCUAAAGAAAAUCAUAAUGAUCGUGGUUGUGGCAGCAAUGAUGUUAUUCAUGAAUCAACACACACUCGGCCAUGCUACGAAUCGUUCUCCUCUGCUAAGGAUCAAUAAUCCAGUUCUGGAUGAGACGCCUCAUGCUCAAGAAUUUGGAAGAAGGUUCACCCCUCGCACAGCAACGACCCCCACCACUUUGCACUCGACCGAGACUCAACCAGUCCCUACUCAGACUCCGUAUUCCACAAGCUCGACCUCUGAAGAUGCAAUGUCAGGACAAAAAUCUACGGAUCAAGAGGACAAAGGCUGCCUAAAGCUCUCCUACGACAGCGUGGAGCACAUCUACAGAAGUGAGAACUACGUUUACGACAUCUGGUUGAAAUCUGUGUCAGCAGUGGCCACAAUUCAACUGGACUUCGACUUUUCCGUAUCUGCUCUAAAUUUAUUAGGUUCCAGAUUUAAGUAUUCCAUCACCUCUGACCGCUGGCACAGACUGCAGGUCUUCCGUAGCGAACUGCUGGAUGACUGCACAAGUGCCCAGUUGAGGAUCACCGACGUAGCUGUCGAAUGCUUGCCUCACCGCACACCCUCUCUGCUUCGGGUCUCUAGUGGAGACAACAGAAGUUUGGUUGUUUGGAGCACCUGCAGUGCGCAAGGCCCCUGGUGGGAUGAAGUCACCACAAAGGUCCAGCCUUUGGUACAGACAUCAACUGAGCUGUACAUGUGGCUGUCCCUCGGUCUGCUAAUAAUCCUCGUUCCACUGGCCAUCUACGCCUCCUGCCUACAAUACCGGCUCAUAAAAGGACGUUCAGCUGAGCCACGCAAGGAAUCCAUUUACGAAGAGUGGAAUUACAGUCGCCAAACCUCACCCCCCUGCAGUUCCAACGACAGUAAUAAAUUCACUGUCCAGACAUCGCUAUCAAGUAUCUAAGAGGAACUCUGUGCCUGAGUUUUUUGGAGAUGUUAGUGGUAGUUCUUGGAUCAGUUUGGCAAUAGUCCAGUACAUUCCAGAUGGUUAUCCGGGUUACAUAGCCUUCCGAUAGCUGUCAUAAAAUGUGUUGGCGUUUCUCUACAGCUAAAUCUAGUUAAAGCUGACUUGUGAACGACAAAGGUUUCCACCUUUUUGUUUAAAACACGAGCAUAAAAUGAUGAUAUGGCGCCUGGUGAUCUUCCUACUGUAGAAGUUCCUCGCACUGCUCUGUAGCUUUGGUCGGCAUAGAAAGGACUAGAUAUCUUCCCUGGGUGAAAAGUGCCCAUAAAAAAUAUGACUGAAUUUUCUUUGCUCCAGGCAUCAGUGAUACCACAUACCAAACCUAGAGCUCAUGUAACCGUUCUAUCUUAUGCACAGAUCUCCUCAACUACACUUUCUAGUUUUGAAAGCUGGGUUUUGAGAUAUCUUGGUUCGUCAGGAUGUAAACAAUAGUCUCGGCCUUAAGUAUUCUAAGCACAGUGAAAUAUUCACGAACCAUGCUACUACAAUAAGUAAUCUAUAUAGCAAUAAAAGUAUCAAUUGCUUUUUUAUUUGACAUUACAGUAUUACGAAAGUCUAUGAUGCCAAGUUGGUGCGUUUAUUUCAUUAUACUUGUUAUUUUUGUCUAAUAUGUUAGUUGUAUAUUUAUGUAUAUAUGUGUGUGUGUGCAUGUCACUUUUCUGACAAACGAUUGCACCUAGCAAGUGGAAAAUUUGUAAACUUGGGCAACUUUCAUGAGGAUUCGUUUACUAGCCACUACAGUGAGGUUAAGGCCAAGGUCAUACUCGAUAUCAAGAGAACAAAUAGAAAUUUAAUCGUAGCAACACUGUUCGAGCUACAUGCAACAGAGAUUCCAUAUCUGAGAUCAAUCAUUUCAUAUAAUCUACUAGUUAAACUAAUGUUUUAGAGAAAAGUCGAUGUCAAAGCUAUUUUGACAGGUCGAGGGUCAGGUCAGGUCAAAGGUCAUAUUUUCUAAGCUUUAUUAGGUAAGAUCCUCAUAUGCUGCAUGGCAAAUGCACUAAUGAUUAAUGUGAAAGUCGAAGUCAUGGUCAAGGUUGCAGGUCAAAUAAUAAUUUGACCAUGACCACAACUAUACAAAAUAAAGACUUAGUAUUUGAUAUGAGAAAUCAAAUAAUGAAGCCAAGGUGCAGAGUUAGGUCAAGGUCAUGCAAGGAAGUCGAAGGUCAGUUGGGAAUUUCGCUUUAGCAAUAACUUUUUAAAUAAAAUGAGAGUGAGUCCUCGCAUUUGUAACUCACGAGAAAGGAAUCGCAGGAAGCCAACAUAUGGAAACUAGUGUAUAGUAAAUGUAAAGAAGACAAGGAAAAACUGAGGGGAAAAGAUAAGUUAAAAAGAAAAUUAUCUAGAAUAUUAAAAAAAAUGCCUGGAUGUACAGUCAUACAAGAACAAGUGGUAAGUCUUAUAUCCACAUGAUCUUUGAAAGAGCGAUCCAGUGCUGGCAAUGUACGCAAGAUCCAAUAUGAAUUUGAAAACAAUUCUUUAAGUAAAGUAUAGAUAUAACUUUUGCGAUGUAUAAAGUCAAGGUGAAAAGAGUGUCGUAUGCAAAGAAACCUUAGAAAGACUUGACAACAAAAACUUGGUAAUCAUAUGUGAGAGGCAAUGAAAAUGAAUCUCUUAGCAUUAUGAGGAAUGUUCAUACCAGAAACAGCAGGCUAUUUGAAGGAAAAUGGAGGAAAAUAUGUUAAGAUAAGGUUAGAGUUAUAUGUAUAAAGCAUUGAAUAAAACAAUAUAACUAUAUUUGCUAUGACCUAUCCUUAUCUAUUGCUAUGACAUCCCAAAAGAAUAGUGUGCCCACAGAUGAGUUUGUGAAGUGAGCUGUGAGGAACUAUGAACCAAGACCCAGGGGCAAUAUAUUUUUAGUAACUCAAAGAUUUAUAGAUAUGUUUGAUGCGGCUUAUAAUCGCUCAGUCAAAUUUGACCCUAAAGACUGCGCCAGAAAACAAUUGGAAUGACAAAGGUGUGUCAAGGUGCACGAAUCUCCACUAGUAUUCGGAUGAAUGGCUAGUCUUGGCCUCACCAGUGGAUACGUUGUUGAGGAAAAACCUUGGGGUUUUCCGGGAUUGGUGCUGAUUUUCUUUGCUUGCUGAUUAGAUCGGAGAAAUCAGGCAUAUUGAAACCAUCAAUUGGUCCAGGACUGUUCAGGAGUCUUUUGAACCCCCCAAAACAUUCAGAUAAAUCUUGUCAUAUGUUGAUGGUUAUUAGAUAUCAUUAGGGAAACUUGUUCCUUGAGACCGCUGUACAUUCUUUUCUUCCACUGCAGAAAGUUUCAUAUCAGAAAGUACCCCCAAUGUCUCUGUACAUCGAGAUCCUGACCACAGAGGCAGUUAUUUAUAAUCCUCGAUGGUGGCAAAAAAAAUGAAUAAAAUCUCUAAAAGGGAAUAAUGUUAGUAGCAAUCACCCCCAAACCUUUGAUGUUCUAGGGUGUUGCCCACUUGUUUGAUUCUCAAGCAAAGGAGGUAAUGUCCAAAAAAGACAGAUACAGUUACAUGAAUUUGUUAGAACUAUGAGCAGUCUUCUUAGCUCUCAAAGCAUUCAUGGGCAGCUGAUUAGAUCAUUACACUAUCCCUCUAACAUACGGCGUCAAUAGCCUCGUCGUUGCGACGCCAAUAAGAACUAACAAAUCAAUCAAUCAAUCCCUCUAACAUAACUGAGAAAUAAUUGCGGAACAAAGUCAGAGUCUCAUUGUCGGUUGGCAGUGGAAAUCUUCAUUUGGGCAGGAAGACACGAGGCCACCAUCUUGCCAAAGUUCAUCUGAGUCUUUGUAAGAUUUUGCUGAACAUUCACAGCAAGGCUCAUUAGACCCUUCCUUCAGAAUCAUCCUGUCACUUUAGAUGUCCACUAAACCCUUUGGUAUGAGUUUGAGAACACCUUUGCUUGAGGGUACAAUCAGUUAUUUUUCCUCUUUUUUGUUCAUUUUCCUGCUUUUCCAAAAAGUGUGUAGGACAGGAGGUCAUUUUACAAAUCUAGGCUCAUGAGACUUUGACACUACGAACUGGGUUUUCACGUACAACCUGAAGCUAUAUUCCACCCUCAGAGCAAGCACUUGGUCUUGUGAUUCUGUUUACAUUAUGUUAUGCAGCAUGCUUCUCAGUAUGGGAGGAGUGUUAGCAUGGAGUACCAGCCGUUAAGAUGGGCUUAGUAAGCAUACUAUUUUGGGAUUAUGUCUUCGUUGCAGACCCAUUACUUAUGAAAGCUCUCAUGAAUUUGGACGAUCAACUACUGCUCUAUUGACACUCACUAGUGAGGAAUUAGAUUACUUGCAUCUUGAGCUACUAUCUUCCUCAUCCUCCUUCUAUUCGUCCUGAAUCGCGAUUCAGGCUACCUUAUGACUGAUGGAUUUGUACGAAUAAGCUGUUCUUACAAAAUUAUCAAACAUUAAACAUAAAUUUCCAGUGCUACAAUCUUCAGGCGAAGGAUUGUUUUACUGUUAAAAAAACUUGUAGAAAAGCGUGUUUUAUAGUAAAAACAUUGUCUCAACAGAUAUUAUGAAUUAUUAUGUAAAAAAUCCUCUGUCAAUGUGAUUAACUAACCUAAGCGUUUCUGCAGUUAGUACCAUGCAUGUCAAUCAGAGCUUCACACGACCUCGAA